AGAGAGAGAUAGAGAGAGAGCGGGAGAGCGGGAGAGAAACAGACUGUAAGAGAGGAGCCUGUGUGUUCGUUUCACCUCCUAAUCAGUUUUCCGGGGGGAUCUGUCAUCGACUGCAGCAGAGGAGGCAGAAAAGCGGAACAAGAAUCUUCUCCCAUCCCGGCUGUGGCUGCGAUCUUCUCUUACAAUCACACAUUUGAGCCUCAUACAAAUGACGGAAAUGGACGCCCCUCUCGCCACCCCGUGCAAUAUCCAGAUUUGUGAGGUGACCUGCGACUCCUUCCGCAUCAUGUGGGACAUGAGCGCCGAGGACAGCGCCAGAGCCACGCACUUCUUCAUCGACCUGAGCCGCAAAGAGAGCAGAGACCCCAACCGCUUCAAACACAGGGAUGUGCCAACCAAGCUGGUGGCCAAGGCGGUGCCUCUCCCCAUGGCGGUGAGGGGACACUGGUUCCUCAGCCCGCGGACAGAGUACUGCGUCGCUGUCCAGACGGCUGUCCGACAGCCAGACGGAGACUACCUGGUGUCAGAGUGGAGCCAGGUGGUGGAGUUCUGCACCGGGGACUACGCCAUGGAACACCUACAGCAGCUCCUCGACAAGGCCAAGGGCUCAGCAGUGAGGCUGCUGAAAUUCUCUGUGUUUUAUCGCAACCAGCACCCAGACUACUUCGACUACGUCAGAAGGGAAUGCGGAGGCCUGAUGCGUCCGGCCCUGAAAGACAUCAGCGGGAGUCACGGCUCUCCGAUCAACGGCAAACUGCAGGGCGUCUUCUUCAGCUGCAACACCGAGUUUGAUACAGGCCUCCCUCCCCAAGACUCCCCAUACGGCCCGCUGCGUUUCCAGAUCCCCGCUGGACACCUGCUCAACCCCAACAUCUCGCUGUACUUUGCAGACUUCUACUGUAUGUACACAGCGUACCACUACGUGGUGCUGGUGCUGGCUCCCGUCGGCUCAGAGGGAGAUAACUUUUGUCGCACUCGGCUGCCAAUGCUGGACUUGGCGUCCAACCCCUUCCUGACGUACACGGCGCCGCAGACACCGGGGGAGGAGCCUCUGUACUGCCACGCCAGUGACGUCAUCCUGGAGGUGCUUUUCACAGAGCCGGUUCCUUUGGAUCAGGGAAGCGUGGAGCCGAUCCGCGGCCACCACCAGCUCAUGAGUCUGACCACAGCCAACGCCAAGAAAGACCCGAGCUGCAAAGUGUGCAACAUCAGCGUGGGACGCUGAGCGAGAUGUAGGACGGACCGGAUGAAUACUGAAAGACAAAACAUUUGAGAACAUCGCGUGCUUCUGGGGCUCCAGCCCUAAAAAAUUUUCUUUUGUUUUAGGGUUUUAAAAAUAACUUCAACUUUGUGUCAUUUCCCCUGAAAGACACAAUGUUGAAC